CAGUGGCACAUUACACGAGAAGCACAACCAGCCACCGCACAACACGCACAAGACCAACACACGCACGAUGCCUUCGUAUGAGCUGUGCAUGAUCAUGCGGGCGCUUCGCUCGGAGGCGCUGGCAAAGGAGCUGGUCCCCAUACUGCAGAGAGUGCAGUCGUUGGGUGGCGUUGUGCAGGACGUCAAGAGCGUCGGGUCACAGCCUCUUCCACACAAGAUGAAAGCACACUUUGAGCACCACGACAAGGGAACGUACUCGUUCUUGAGGUUUGAAUCGAGCCCAACGGCGUUGCCGCAGCUGGACACGGCGCUCAAGCGCAACUCAUCCAUCAUUCGACACAACUUUGUCAAGCUUCCCGCGCUCGACGCGAAGCCAAUGACCUGCCGCUUCAAGCCAAAGAGGUGACAUGGGUGCUGAACAAACAACAGCUACCAUUUGUCUCUGACAGCAACCGCAAUAGCACUACAACCACCUUGUGUGCACUCUGCGUUCUCAUCUGCGUUGCAAAGUCACUGCUGUUUUUCGUCUUCAGGUCCCCCCCCCCCUCCUUAGUGUUGUUUCUCCUCCUCUCCACUCUCUUGGUGUCUGUACUUUCCGACCAAUUGAACCAAGCAUCCUCCA